AUACUGCAGCUUUCUCGACUGCGUACGCUGCUCCCUGGAGAGGCUCUCUGGGUUCCACCCACCGGCUAGAAGGAGGGGAAGUGAAUGAAAGGACAGGACAAGCCCCGAACACCAUGUCACUCUGGGAGGGAGACAGCAGCAACUAAGCUGUGCAAGGUUUCUUUUUUUUUUUUUUUCUUUUUCUUUCCCCUUUUCUUUUUCUUUUCUUUCUUUCUUUUCUUCUUCUUCUUUUUUUUUUGCUUUUUUCUUCUUUCUUUCCUUUUCUUUCUUUCUUUGUUUUCUCCUUUUCUUUAAGGUGGGGAAAGAGACAGACAGGAGACAGGAAGCUGAUCUGCAAAGAUUCGGAGUUGUGCUGAAAGGACUUUGAUUUUUUUUUUUCCUUUACAAACGCUGGCAAUUGACAUCGCUUACAGACAACCUGGUUAGAGAACCAACUGCCUCAUCCCAAGUGGACCCCGGCAGCUGAGGGAAGGCAGGCCAGAUCUGGGGAGGCUGUGUGUGGGGCUUUUUUUCCUACCGAUCCCCCCGCCCCCCUUUUUUUCCCCCUGGUGUGUUUCUUUUUUAAAUUCUUGCUGUGUUGGAACUAGCGAGUGGUGGAAGACAAGGAAUCUCUGAAGCCUCAUCAGUCAUCGGGACUGUCAGGAAUAGUGGUUUCAGAGGAAGCUCGGCCUGGGGCGCUAUACCCUGUCAUCCAGUUCCCUGCCUCGGAGAUAAAGAUUCCAGCUACAUGGGCAAACGCUUGGAUCAGCCACAAAUGUACCCCCAGUACACUUACUACUAUCCUCAUUAUCUCCAAACCAAGCAGUCCUAUGCACCAGCUCCCCACCCCAUGGCUCCUCCCAGUCCCAGCACAAACAGCAGCAGCAACAACAGCAGCAACAACAGCAGCGGGGAACAGUUGAGUAAAACCAACCUGUACAUUCGAGGUCUUCCACCGGGCACCACUGACCAGGACCUAAUCAAGCUGUGUCAACCGUAUGGAAAAAUUGUAUCCACAAAGGCAAUCCUUGACAAAAACACAAAUCAGUGCAAAGGUUAUGGUUUUGUAGAUUUUGACAGUCCUGCAGCUGCACAGAAAGCAGUAGCAUCUCUCAAGGCAAAUGGCGUCCAGGCACAGAUGGCCAAGCAACAAGAGCAAGAUCCAACAAACCUAUACAUCUCGAAUCUCCCCAUUUCUAUGGAUGAACAGGAACUUGAGAAUAUGCUGAAACCCUUCGGACAUGUCAUUUCCACAAGAAUACUAAGAGACGCCAAUGGCGUCAGCAGAGGUGUUGGCUUUGCCAGAAUGGAGUCUACUGAAAAAUGUGAAGUGGUCAUUCAACAUUUUAAUGGAAAAUAUCUGAAAACACCACCAGGCAUCCCAGCCCCUAGUGAGCCUUUACUGUGCAAAUUCGCUGAUGGAGGACAAAAGAAGCGACAGAAUCAAAGCAAAUACACCCAGAAUGGAAGGCCUUGGCCCAGAGAAGGAGAGGCUGGCAUGGCUCUGACCUAUGACCCCACAGCUGCCAUACAGAAUGGAUUUUAUUCUUCACCGUACAGUAUUGCAACCAACCGCAUGAUUCCACAGACAUCUAUCACGCCAUUCAUUGCUGCUUCCCCUGUCUCCACAUACCAGGUCCAGAGCACUUCCUGGAUGCCUCAUCCGCCAUACGUUAUGCAACCAACAGGUGCUGUGAUUACGCCAACAAUGGACCAUCCUAUGUCAAUGCAGCCAGCAAACAUGAUGGGCCCACUGACACAACAGAUGAAUCACCUUUCAUUGGGCACAACAGGCACGAUUCAGUCCCAAGACAGGAUUAUGAUACUCCACCAGCUGUUGUGUCAGUAUAUGACUGCUGCCGCUCCUAUGCAAGGGACCUACAUUCCCCAGUACACGCCUGUGCCUCCGACAGCUGUUUCUAUUGAAGGCGUUGUUGCUGAUACCUCUCCCCAGACAGUGGCACCUUCAUCCCAGGACACCAGUGGUCAGCAGCAACAGAUAACAGUGGACACAUCCAAUGAACAUGCACCUGCAUAUUCUUACCAACAGUCUAAACCAUAAACAAGACUGAAGAAUGUCUGUCUGAAACUUUGCCUUGAAUGAAGAAACUUCACUGAACAAGAAGUUGGCUUCCAGUUUGCACAGGCGUCAAUGGAAUGCGUUUUUUUUUUUUUUUAAUUUUCUACUUUACCUAAUGAAAACAAAGUGUUUUUAUGUGCUGUGCAAAUGGUUCCUUCAUGUGGUCUGACAGUUUAUUUUUCUCAUUUUUUUAAUUAAAGAAAAAAAUCCCAGAAGAGGGAAAAAAACAACAAAACAAAACAUGGAAGGUUGACAUUUUAUCUGGAAGAACAUUUGAAUUCAGAAUUUACCAGAAGGUGUAGAUAGAUUUUUUUUUUUAACAGAAAAUCUGAUGUCAAGAGGUGGGCGAUCAAAAAUGGAAACAAAUUGUCCUCCUAAGAAAUUAAGCUACAUUUCUUUUUCCCUUCUUGUUAAAAUCUAGUGGGUUGGGUUUUUUUUUUUUUCUUAGAAAUAUUUAGGUAAGUUUUAUCUUGAAUCUUAAUUGCCUUAAUUUUAAGGACGUCAAAGGCUCUCAAGGCAAGCUGUCAACGUCUUGUUAAAAAAAAAAAAAAAAACAAGAAAGAAUUGAAAUAUUGUGCUGGCUUUAACUGGCACAGAAGUUUAAGACUAUGAGUUUUUAGGGUGAAAAAAAACUGUACAGUUUAAAGAAAAUGUUUUUCUUCAUUUGAAGAAAAUUUGUUGAUAAAAGAAACCAUGGCAACUGCAAGAAUUGGGAAAAUGCUGGGACUUUUCAUGAACUUUGUCUUAAGUGUUGAAUCAUUCUAGAAGGCUAAAACAUUUUACGGUAAAGUUAUUAAUGUUGGUUUAAAAACAACUGCAUUAGAAAUAAUGCGUGUUUGGGGGGCAGAAUGCAGAUUUUUUUUAUUUACAAAGCGUGAUCGCUAGCAAAAGCAUUAGUGCUUUUUAUCUGCAGUCUUUUUUAUGAGCUUUACAAAGUUUUUAGUCAGCUUUGCUUGUCACAUUGCAAAACCUAGCUUAAGAGCAUUAAAAAAACUUAAGUAGAUAGGAGCUUAUGGUCAAAAAGUGCAAAAAAAAAAAAAAACAAAAAAAGCAAUAGAUAGAGAAAUUGUUGACAAUUUCUGUAGUCUUUCUUAGUUGUGAUCAAAUUCAGCCUAUGGAUGGCCUAUUUUAUACCAAAGAUGAAGUGGCACCCUAUCGCAGUCCAGAAGAUAAUGGUUGUUUUCUUUUCUUUUUUUUGUUCUUUUGAAAAUUUUAUUUGACCUACAUGGCCGGACCAGCUCUUAUGUUGUCAUUUGUUUAAACUACCUUCCACUGGUGUUUUACACACUGCAAAAAAAAAAAAAAAAAAAAAAAUUUUUUUUUUUUUUUUUUUUUUUUGUUUAUUUGUUGAUAGUAAAAGCUUGCCUCUGCUGUGUUCAGCGGUUUUAGCUGAAGAGUUUGGGAUACAAACUGAUAGAGCCAAAUGGCUUUAAAGUCUGCAAGCUUUUCUGGUUCCUUGCUAACUCGCUUGUAUAGUAAAACCUGUGUUGAUGGCCAUCAAUAAUCUAAGACUCCUGUUUAACAGGUUGAAAUUUCUUUACGUGAAUUUUGAACUAAAGACACUUUCUGAACCUGGUCUGAAAGGUCACUUGUCAAAAAACAAAACAAAACAAAAAAACACUUAGUGAUAUUCUGUUAAGUGGUUAGUGGUCUCCUGAAAAGGUCUCAUUGUAUUUGUAACAAUAGUCUUCCUUCUAAAUUCCAACAUGUUUUAGUUCUGUCUUCUCACUCAGUCUUUGUCAAUGUCUCCCACGAAUAGUCACCUUGGCUCUGCAAUUGGGGAGGGGCUCUCUUCUUGUUGCCUCUUUUCAGUUUGUUUUUUUUUCCCCCUAUAUCCUGAUGUUGUCAGAAGACAGACAAGAUAGACCUUUUUACUGCAGUUUAACUCUCUGAGGCAAGUAGGACCAAAAAGAUUAAAGGUUCUAUUAGUGGAAUUUAGUAAGCUUUUAAAAUGCUAGUGGACAAUCAAAAAAUGAUAUGAUUUAUAUUAAAAAGAACCAAAAGAAUGAGGUUUGAUCAAUCAUUAAAGCCAAAGGAGAGAUAUUUGCAUUGAGAAUGAUGCAAAAUUUUGUUGAAAAUGAACUAAAUUGACUAAACAAACAUUUAAUUAAUGAAACCCACGUUCAAUCUGUACAGUUUUACCUGAAAUUAAGAACAAUGGAACUCUUAAUUUAACCAUGCCCUAGAAUUGCUUUCUGAACAACUCAUUAGAAUCAAAUAGACGAAGCCCUUUUCACAAAACUAAGUCAUAGGAACCUGUCUUAGCCCAAAAGAGAGAGGGAGAUGUAUUAAGCACACUGUAAAAGAAACCAGGGUAGACUUUUUAAAACUCAAGUAAUUUAAAAAGCAAAUUAUAUACCCAUUAGGUCAACAUGAGUAAUGAGUUUGACUCAUAGGAAGUUGUCAAUAUUCCACUCCAUCGGAUAUAUGAACAAAGGCCUAGUGUUGAAAUAGACUCAGUUCUCUUACUUGUAACCCCUUGAUUGGAAGCUCAAAUCUAGAGAGUGACUAUAUCUUUGCAGUCCAAUUAGAGGCAAAUGCGUAUGCAAGAAAAUGUAGCCCGCGUUGCAGAGAAAUGCCAACUGGUCACACCCAUGCUUACGGUUUUUGGGGCUUUAGAGUGAAUCCUAGAUUUGUACUUUCUUUGGUUUCAUGUUCCAGCUUCUCAUGUAUUCUAAGGGUGGCACUUAAGUUUUAUCUUUGAGAAGUGGGUCCCUGAAUUACAGGGGGUAUCAGUCUACAUAUAUGGAACUGUGUUUUCAUCUGUUCUUUUCCACUCUCUGAACUCUUUGUAUAAAUAAGGAUUAUCCUAGGCAUAAUUCAUUUGAAUAAGAAACCAACAUGCUUUCUUUUGUUUCUGUUUAAAAAAAAAAAAAUCAUGUGAUACAAAGAAAGUCUCAUUUACGCAACCAACGAUGAGGCUAAGAGGUAGCUACCAUGUGGCUGAUGAAUGUGCCUAGGUAACUUUCUGUUUCUAUUCAAAACUACUGCUUUAUUUAUACAUUCAGAAACAUUUUUCAACUAUGAAAUUUCAACGGUCUCAAUUUUUUUAAGCCAUUUAAGGCAAAAGGAAAUUACCUGUCAUUUUAUGUGUCCACGUGUGUUUUGUGUUUGGAGAUUUUAUAUCAUGUCAUUCUAUAAGAUUUAUUAUUUUUAAACCAAAAAGAAAAAAAAAAGGUAAAAAAAGUCCCAUGAUCAAAUUUGUUCCCUGUUAUCUCUUAUCUUACCUAAUUACUUUUAAGAGUCCACUAUAAAUUGGGGAGAAGGGAAGAUCAACAGGUUAGCACCAUUACAUUGUCUGAAAAACAAACCAAAAUAUGUGCUCAAUAUAUGCAGAGACCAGAAUCCUCAUCUAAUCAGCAGUAUAUAUGAUGGUGAUUUUAAUCCUACUUAGGAUUAUAAUCAUUUUUUUAAAGAUUUCUGGCUUACCAAAUUGUUAUUUAUUCAGAUGUUUCAAUAUUUCCUUUUGACCUACUUUAGUUGCCAACACUUAGCUUCAACCUCAAGAAACAUCCUAAAACAAUAAUCCAAAUGGGAUACACUUUAUUUUAUCUAAAGUCUAAUUAAAUGGUCAGUAGAGGAGUGGUGUCCUUUUCAGUUUGGUAAAGUGUUGUCUGGGAGGCAAAGUAUGCCUAGUGGCUGGGAGCUCCUCAUGUUUGGCUAUGUCUUCUGAAGACAUCAUGGAACCCAAGGGAACUAAAGGUGACAUUCACAGGUAUCGGUCACUGUUGUCUUUAAACACUGGCAUGUCUCGAAUAUUGCAAGUGAGAUGCUAUUCUAAAAAGAAUUCCUCGACUUGACUCCAGUUUGGCCAGACAUAUUUAUUUCCUCGAUAGAUUUCAAUCAUUCAAAUGUUGUCUCCAUGCUUCACUGAAUCAGUUCCUUCUGUGACCUUGACAGAUUGGCUGCAUAAAGCAGAUAAAACACACUUUCACUGCUUUCUAAUGAAAAGCUGCAUGGUGUUAAAAGCACUCAUAUCAGAGAUGGAAGACUGAGAGCAGAAGACUGGGCGGAGCAAGAAGUUUGCUGUAGCUACAGAAUACAUCAACUCUUUGCAAAACUGCUUUAAAACCAUUUCGAUUGAUGUAUGACAAGAGAAAGUAGAUUUCUGCCCCCCCCCAAAAAAAAACUAUUUGAAUAACUAGGAUGUCUAUUAUAUACCCAUGUAUCUCUUGCAGUGGCCUUGAAAUCCCCAUGAAUGAAAAGUGAGACUUGAUUUAAAUAAGACCUUUGCCGUCUUCAUGAUUGAAGAGAAAUUUCAAUGGGUUGUCUAGACAGAUUAUAAUAUUAGCAGGAGGCUAAAAAUACAGAUGAUUCAGUCUCAUUCUUAAUUUGAGUGUGCAAACUGCUACAGAUGAACUGACAAGCAGAGAGAAAUUCCUGAAUGGGUUUUAGUGAUAAAUGUUUUCAUAUGAAAAUAGAAAAUCAAGUGAAAGGAUAAUAUUUGCGAAUGUGGAUAACAACACUCAGCACACUUAAGGAACCAUACUUCAUUAUAAAGUUUAAACAUGUCAUAGAGCUUUGAUCUGUUAAGUUGUCUGCAGUAGGGAGUAAAGGAUGAUUUUGUUUUUCAUGUUAUUUUGCUGGCAUGCUUCAAAAUUUUGAGCUCACUGGGACAGACAGCCUCUCACUCCAAUCUGAGGGAUUGAUGGAAUUUAAAUAAGUUCAUUGAUUCCUUACACUACACCCUUCCUGUGGCAGAGCGAUAAUGGGGUUCAUUAAUGAAUCAAUUCAGUUUACAAAUGAUAUCCACUAUGGCACUGGAAGACAGUUGAAUCAAAUUAACAUUAAGCAUUUCUUAACUGAUGUUCUUAAACAUGAAAUUGUCCCCUUACUCCAAGUGCUGUUGGUCUUGGCUGUCCUUGUUGGAUUAAAUAGAGUUGAGGGCAGUAUAAACGCAAUAUACAAAAUCCCUGAGUAGCCACAAAGAACUUUUAGAAGAUAGGGCAAGGGAGGUCACCCCAGUUUCGUGAUUUCUUUUUAUCUUUGGUUUUAUACACCAACACAUAUGCUCACCACCACCAAAAAGACAGGAAAAGGUGGCCGGCUUCCCAAUAUUCAUCUAUUUGUAUUUCUCAGUGGCAAAAUAACGUGUCAUGAAAAGCUUCUUCCACUCAAUUGUAAAACUGAAGUAAACGUAAGAUAGAGCUUGGAGUGUGCAGAAUAAACCACUAGACCACUGAGUCACACUUUUCUUCUGUUUUAGUCAUUCCAAUUAGUAACUGCUCCAAUUAGCGAUUCUUGCAGAAAUACAAUCACUCUCAAUUUUUGAAGGGCUAAUUAUCUACUUUGUCAAUUUGUUUUGUCUUUUCAACUAUUAGACCUCGGGCUCUCUUUCCUUUUAUUGUCAUUUUACCCUAAGGGUAGUAAAAGAAACAAUUGGAAAUAAAAUUCAAAUCAGUCUAUUUUGUUUCUUAUUAGGCAUAGAUUUAUUCAAAGACUUCAAAAUCAUCGGUAAAAUUAGUGUUGGUGCAUUAUAUGCUAUGGAUUUUUGUGACACGUAAUAUCCCAUUCCCAUCUACCAUGAAUAAUUGAGAGUUGGCUGUUUUCUUGCAGAAUAUAAAGAAAAAUAAACAGUAGCAAAGAAUUUGACCUCCCUCAAAAGAAAGUUGUUUUGGUUUCAUUCACUACUGAAAUUUGAACCAGUAGAAAAGGUCAAUUCAAAAUUGAGUUAUGAGACUAUAAUAGCAGCUCUUGGUUAAAUAUAUACUUUCAUUCCUUUCUUAAAUCUUUGACACCCCCAAAAUGUGUUGUUUUUUUUGUCAUUUUUUUCAUUACUGUAAUAAGGCUAAAUGACCUUGACACUCCAGUGGACGUUUUUAUGAUCAUUUCAAUUCAAAUGUCUAAAGUGUAACUUUAGCGUUAUACUUUGUAUUUUAGACACUCUGGUCUUAGAUUAUUAAGAAAGAUGCUCUGUCCUCCACCCCAAAAUGUUACUUCCUCAUAUAUAUAAAAGGAGUUAUUACAUACUUUUCAGGAACCAUAAAAAAUAUUUUCAAAAGACAUUUGAAAAUGUCUUCUCCAUUUUGAAAUUAAUGCUUCCACUUAAAAAAAGACAAUAUAAUUGGAAUCUUAAUUUAAAUUAUAUAUAAAAUUAUACUUGCUAUGAUAUACUCAGUUUCUAAAACAAUGGGACAUAGCUUCUUUUAAAACCCUUGUUUCUGACCAUAUUGGACAUCAUGGAACUUCUAAAAUAUCAAUCAAUUUUGAAUUUUAUUUAAGAGCAUUUUGUAUCGCUGUCUCUGACUGUCACGGAAAGUUCUGUACUCCUACAGUGUUUCUGGUUUAAUUUUUUUUUUUUCAUCUGUACCACAGUCAAAUUAGCUACCAUUUCCCCAUCCCUUGGGCUUUCUGUAGAUCAGUGGAUGUUAGGUUUAAACUUCUGUUUUCUUUGAUGAAGCUUUCAAUAAAAAAUGAAAAUAAAAUCAACCAAGUAGGACCAUUGCAUUUUUCUUCACUC